AUCGAGACAAUGUCAGCACCGCCCACCCCGCGCAGUGCAGCCCCCAGCCUCGACAACGGCAGCCGCUGCGCCGCCAGACGCUCUGCCCGUGCGCGCUCCCACUCCUCGCGCACGCCCAGCCCCAGCAAGAAACCCACACCGCAGUCGUACCGCCGCGGCAACAUGCGCUACGCCAACGCCCUGGUCGACGCCCUCGGCCAGCUCCCACCUGCCAUUGACGGCGAGGCGCGCCGUGUCUUGGGGCUUCAGUCAUGGGCCGAGCUAGCACAGCCAGACACACACGCCCAGACACCGCCGGAGAUGCAAGCACGCCUCGCAGAGCUGGCGGCCACUUACUGUGCCGACUCGCUGCUCAAUGCGCGCGAGUGUGCGCUUGAGGGCAACUGGAAGAGCAGCCUCUUCACCCUUCUGCGCAACAUCGACCUCCUCGCUCUAGACACCUUGUGCUUACACAUGUCGGAGAGGGCUUGGUCCCCGGCCUGAAGCCUGCAGCGCCUCCUCUCGACGGCCUGCAAGAAGCCGGCGACGGGUCUGCCUUGACUCUCGUCGACUCUCAACACCCCGCCAUGACCGCUACUACCGCGCCUUCCUUCCCUAGCUGCGUGCCCUCUCUACUGCU